AUGACUGAAAGCAGUAUCAUCACCAAUGCGUCCAUCGAUGUUGUAACCCACAUGGAGGAACAUGUACUCGUUCAACCGCGAUCUAUAGUCGUCCUGUUCCUGUUCCUACUCAUCAUCGCGAUCGGAGUUCCGGGUAAUGUUCUCAUCAUUGCGGUCUUCUGGACCAAGCCACGACGGACCAGCACGGCUGUCCUCAUCAUGGCACUGGCCGUCACCGAUCUCGUGUCUUGCCUUGUGCGUAUACCCGAUGCCGUCAUGGUUGCACAGCAGUUGGACGGUACGCACCCGUCCUAUACAGCCUACUUGGCCAUAACCCUCGCCAACAAUCUCUCACUGACAGUGGCCGAUGGCCUGACGGCUUUGGUAGCGUUUGACCGCUACGACUGCGUCUGUCGACACAAUAAAAGACUACUCACUCACAAGCGGUCUCGCGUUGCAGUCGUAAUCGUCCUUUGCUUGACGCCUAUCACAAACAUCCCAUUAUUUCUGUAUGCUCUUGGCAACACUGGAUUUUUCAACGUAGCACUCUCUAAGCAGGUCGUCUUCUACUCGCUUGAAGUUGUUGUGGUUAUGAUUUGCUAUGGUAAGGUGUACGCUAUGAUUCGACGCCACGUACGGGUUGGCUUCGCCCGUAAACGAGCCGAGCAGUCGGGUAUAAGCGACAGCCUCGGUUGGAGACCGACUGGGGCGGGUCCGACGGGACUUCCGUCUACUACAGCAGAUGGAAACGAGAUGCAAGAGGUGGCUUGUACGGCCACUGACGAGGCACCUGAUACCGCUUCGAGCAUUGCAAGAACAGUUUCAGUUCAUCACAACCAAGACGCAAUCGCAGUUGUAUCGGGCCAGCCAUCGCUCUCCCGUACCCCAGGUUCACGCCAGGAGUCACUCGAGGUGAUGAGGUCACGCAAGCCUGCCGGCCCGUCCAGCACCAACCUUCAACGCAAGACAACGCGGAUGCUCUUCUCUGUUACUCUAAUAUUCUUAGUAACAUACAUCCCCUAUUGGAUCUAUGUUAGCUUCGCGCUGUCAGGCAGGCCGCAUGAUGAAACAGUGGAUGUUGUGUACAAUCUGCUCAAUCUCUUGUUUCUCAACAACGCAGUGAAUCCGCUCAUGUACGGCUUGGCGAACAGACGAUUUCGCAAAGACAUUGGGGAUGUCUUGAGGAAAUUGUGUCGACGGGGCGCCGUGCCGAUGGAACAGUAG